AUGGACUAAAAUGAUGAUGAUGAAAAAAGAAAAAGAAUUGAAGAAAAAAAGAAAAUAUUUUUGGAAAAAAAAAAGGCAAAAGAAUUAGAAUAAAAGAAAUAAAAGGAAUAAGAAGAACAAUAAUAAUAAAUGAAAAAAUAAGAGUAAUCAUUAGAAAAUAAUGUUAAAAAAUAAACUGAUAAUGUAAUAAUGUAUUGGUAUAUACAAGUAAUCUAUUCUUGAUGAAAACCUUUAAUAGUAACUUAAUGAAUAAUAAAAAUAGAAAGAAUAAUAAAAUAAAUCUGAAACAUCAAAAAAAUAGGUUGAAUAAUCAACUUAAAUUAUGUCAUUAUAAAAAAAAGAAAACUAAUAAUAAUAAUAAAAUAAUUAGAAGUCUCAAAAAUAUGAUGAAUCUAAUUCUAAAGUUAUUUAGAUUAUUAAUAAACAAAAUAAUAAUUAAUAAAAAACUUUUACUUCUGAUUAAAAAGCAAAAAAUAAACUUAUAGAAGAUAAUAAUAGAAAUUAGAAAGAAGAUAUACAAAAAAAGAAUGAUGAACCUAAACUUGAUUAAAUAAGGUAAGAUAAAGAUUAAUAGAUUUAAGAAGAUAAUAAAAAAUAAUUAUUAGUUAUAAAUAAAAAAUAAGAUAAUGACAAGUAAAUUAAAGAUUAAAAACAAAUCAAAGAAAAUGAAGAUAAAUAAAAAUUAAAAUAUGAAGCAGAAAAAUUAGAAAAGGAUAGAAUUGAUAGAGAAAAAAAAGAGAAAGAAAGAUAAGAAAGAGAAAAAUAAGAUAAAAUAGAAAGAGAAAAUAAAUAAAAAUAAGAAAGAGAAAAAUAAGAAAAAGAAAAAUAAGAGAGAGUUAGAUAAGAAAAAGAAAAAUAAGAAAGAGAAAAAUAAGAAAGAGAAAAAUAAGAAAGAGUUAAAUAAGAAAGAGAAAAAUAAGAAAGAGAAAAAUAAGAAAGAGAUAAAUAAGAAAGAGAAAAAUAAGAAAGAGUUAGAUAAGAAAGAGAAAAAUAAGAAAGAGAUAAAUAAGAAAGAGUUAGAUAAGAAAGAGUUAAAUAAGAAAAAGAAAAAUAAGAAAAAGAAAAAUAAGAAAGAGAUAAAUAAGAAAGAGAUAAAUAAGAAAGAGAACAUUAAGAAAGAAUAAACAGAGAAAAAAAAUAAUAAAAUGAAUUAUAAGAGAAAGAAAAAUCUUAAAUAAAUUGUAAGAUAUAAAUAGAAAACAUAAAUUCUUUGAAUGAAAAUUAUUAAUAAAUUUAGAAUAAUAAAUAAAAUGAAAAAGAAUAAAAUUAAUAAAGAAUAGAUAUAAAGAAGUAACUCAAAGAUCAAUAAUAAAACAAUAGCAGCUGCGAAGAAGGUGAGAUUAUUCAACAUUCAGUGAAUUAAAAUGUCUAACAUUUUGAGAAUAUUUAAGAUUAAAACAAUAUUGUUAUUUCAUAGUAAUUUGUAGAAUAAGCACAUAUAAGAAAUGAAAAUGGAAUACAAAGAAUAAAAAAAAGACACUGUAAAAUAAUUCUUCAAGAUUUAAGAGAAAAGAUUUAUAAAUAUAAUUAAAAAGAUAAUAAAAAAAAAUAAAAAAGACUUAAAAUAUAUAAAAAAGCUAUCUAUUAAUUUAUUUAAAAUUUACCUGAGAUAAAUGAAGAUUAAGAAAACAAAACAUAAAGAUUUUUAGAUGUUUUCAAUUAUUUUGAUAAUAUAAUUUGA